CUCCAACCCUGGCCCCAGGUGCUCCUCAGGGUGUGCCUGUCCCCAGGGUCACAGCUGUAUGAAGUGGCCCAAGGGGACCCCUGCCUCAGAGAGGGGGAAGCAGGGACAGUUAUCACUGGGUUGUUCUGGAAAUAGCAAUCAUUCAUGGAACGCACCUGGUUUAUACAUUCUCUUAAGAAUGAUAAUCCUGACAUCUUUAGAAUUCUCAACCCCUAGUUUUCUCACCUUCUGUUGAGUUUUAGAUGCAGCCUAGAAAAGCAGAAGGAAUGGUAAAGAGAAGGAUGCCCUUGUGUCUGUGGGAAUCUCACAUGUAUACAUGACAUUCAGAAUGUUUAUGGGCAUCAGAGAAGGACCAAAGGACAUCAACUAUCACAGCUCCAGGGAAAGGGCCCAAGGACACCAUCCUUUGUUACUCCCUUUCCCAUCCAUGGAAUCUUAACCACAAUACUCAGUCAGGGAGCUUGCCCUCCAUAAUCUGGAAAAAGCAGACCUACACAGAGGAGUGUUUGCUAAAACUUUUGAACCUGGGCAAGUAGGGCUCGUGGACAUGCUUCCCACCUAGACGUAAGAGGCCAUGAGGCCCCCACCCCCUUCAGCAUUCUUCACUCUCCAUCCAGGGAGUCAAGUGGGAGCUGAUGGGAGGGAAAAUCUUGACAGUAGGGACAGGAAAGGCCUGUGGCUUCCCUGCCAGUCACCGCAUGGUGAUAGGAGAGCAGUGGCGCCCGCCUGCUCCUGCCUGUCCCUGGCAGUGCUGCUGGAAAAACCUUCCAUGUCCAGAGGGGCUCUGCUUUGCAGACUGAUGAGAAGGGAAAUAGCCUGAGUAGCACAUCCUCCCUGGCCUGAGGAGCAGGUACCUUCGGAGAAUGACUGUCAGUGCCUCUGUGGGUGCUGGGAAAACGGUGGAGGGAGCAGAAUUUGGGUGCAUCAGGAGGAAGUAGUGCCAUAUCACAUAUGGACUUCAAAAUGGACUCCCAAGCUAAGGGGACAUGCCGACAUAGUGUGAUGCCCAAGAAUCUGAGAUCCAGCAGGGGAUUUAUUGGACAGGACUGGGUUAGCCUCUGAGCCUGAGGCUUUUGAGUUUCUAAAAGGCUCAUAAUGGAGGAUGGUGCCAAAUGUCCUGCCCCCUCAAACCCUUGAAAAGGGCAGGACUGGAGCAGACUGCUGGGAAUGGACAGUCCAAGGGGAAGCACAGACCAGGAGAGCCAAGAGAAUCAGAAUCAGAACGAGUUUCCCAACAACACAUCCUCUCAAUCCUUGCAUAAUACUCUCACCUACCCAUGACCAAGCAUCCUGGUGUGGCAUGAAAAGCCCAUUCUCUCUGAGGACAAGUAUCUGGCUUGCCACCCUGCCUCCCCUCACACUGAUCAGUCACCACCAGGGAACCCAGAUGUUGCUGAGUGUGCAUGACCAGCUUCACCUCUGUGGGCGGCGAGGAGCUUGGCAGAGCCUGCUUUAGAAUUCUCAACCCCUCGGACUCACAUUUCCUUUGUUUUCAGGUCACACAACGCAGAGGGAAAUUGGAAGGCUAUACACCAGUUUACAGAGGAAUUUGUGCAGAAGUUCCAAAAGUAUGGUCUCUUCAUGUUGUAGGGGGUCUGCCUGUGCCAAGCAGCAAUACAGCUACUUAGGCUUGACGGACAUGGGAGGCCCUUGGGUCAGGAGCACAGAAUCCUUAAAUGGGAAAGGAAGAUCACACUGGGCCCAUUGGGUUUUGGCAGCUUCGUUGGCGCCUGCCUGGGAGUUAGGCCACUUUGCAGGGAACACAGUCUGCCCAUGAGGUCCUUACAGGGUGGGAAAGGAAGCCAAGUCAGGCUGACCAGUAACUCAGUAACCCAACACUUGGUUAAAUGGUGGUGAGGGCAAAAAUGAAGGGACAGAGUCUUGCCAUGGUAACAAAGGACAAAGCAAGAACAACAAGGGAAAGAAAUCAAGGAUGCCCUCCCACAGCAUGUGGAAACUUGAACUAGUUCUUGAAGGAUGGGAAAGACAGAGUAACAGGCAUCAUCAAGGAGACUUGUGUAGAGUGGUCCAGAUCACAGGGUUGACUCUUGAGGGCUGGGAGGUGAUGCUCCACAGGUGAGCCUGGGGCCAAGGCAAUAGAGGCUCAUAAUGCCCGGCUGAGGGGCUUGGAUAUCUUCUGUGAGCAUCAGAGAGCUAUGGAUGAUUCUUGAACAGAGGUCUGACAUGGUCAAACCUGUGCUUCAAGAAAAAAAUCUCCGUAGUUGAGGGUAAAAUGUACAGAGACAAAAGCCAGACCCCUAGGAAGCUCAGCUAGGGAUCUAUGGUAGCAAUUUAAGUAAGGGAUAAUGAGGGUGAGGGCACCAGAGGAGAAUGGUCAUGGAGAGCAAAUGGAGGGAUGUGAUAUGAGUGGCCACCAAGAGGGAGAAUGAUUUCUUGGAGAUGAGAGGGAGGAGAAUAAGUAGGUGGGGAGGAAGGGUGGUGUGUCAAGACUUCACAGUAGAAAAGGUCCGUGGGAAACCUCAUGCAGGGGUGGGUGUAGGUAUCCAUUUCCUUGUGAAUGCAUGGUGUGCAUGCAUGUCACUUUUGAGCAGGAUGCGAUCCUGGUACUCCCUGCUAGGGAAGAAACACAUCUUACAGGACUCAGAACUUCUCACUCAAGUUAUGGGAAGUUCCAGAGCUUGGAAAAUAGACCCCAGAGUAGUUCAUGGGGAGCAGGGAAAUGGGCACGCACACCUCUCCUCUCCAGCUACUCUUUAGCAUCUUUUCUCCUGUCAUUAUGGCCUCACACUAGCCCAUGCUUCCUCCCCAGCCCAAAACUGAGGAUAUCUUUUAUAACUGUUGGAACAGAUGCCAACACCCUCAUGCCUCUCACCUCGGACAGCAAUAAAAUCCAAACCGGCUUGAGGCAACUUGAGUCUACAGUGCCUGGAGGAGUCCCAAAUAUUCACAAGGGAUUUCAAAAGGCAAGAGAGGAGAUCCAGAGGGUAUACUACCAGGAAGAUUACAACAUCAUCAGCCUGGUUGUUGCUUUGUUGGCUGGGAAGCUGUCACCAACGGCCCUUCAGGAGACUAAAAAUGAAGCUAAGGCGGCUCGGAAUCAUGGGGCCAAGAUAUACCUCGUCGGAAUAAAAGAUUAUUCUAAAGACCAGCUGGAUAGUAUCGUGGAGAGGAAGAACCAAGUAUACGGACUGAAAGGCUAUACAUCCCUGCAGGACAUUGUUUUUCCAGUGAGUGUGCACCUAAAUUGAGCAGGGGGAAGGGGUGGCUUUAAUCCAUGCCUGCCAAUCAGUCCCCGAACCCCUGCCAUCCCUCUCUAUUCCAGCUCGUGCUGAAUGCCUGUAAUGACAUUACGGGUGAGGACGCUUACACGUACUGUGUGGGAGGUAAGGGCUGGAGCCACUGUUCUAGACAGAAGGGGGGGUGCGAGGUGUGUGUGUGUGUGUUUUGAAGGUGUAUGAGUAUGUGUUAUGUUUACGUUUGCAGGGGAAGAGUUUGUGUUGAAGUGUGCAAGUGUGUUGUGUUCGGGUGGUAUAUGGGUGUUAUUAGGGCUACUGCGGGGAUGCUCCCAUGUGUGGUAUGAGCAUAUGGUCUGCAUGCAUGUGUGGGGUGUGGGCUGCAUGUGGGGUGGUAUGAGUGGACUGUGCAGUCUGUGUGUGUGGUGUAGAUAGGGGUACUUGCAUGGAAGUUUGCAGGGCAAAUGGGUGUGCUUUGGGUGUAUAUUAACAUGUUUGUUUGGGUUGUGGUGUGUGUGUGUGUGUAUUAACAUGUUAGUUUGGGUUGUGGGGGAGGGGGGUGCGUGCGCGCGCGUGCGUAAUGACUUUUUCCCCAAUACUACUGAGACAUAAUCGAGAUGCAGCUCUGGGUAAACUGAGGUAUACCACAUAAUGAUUUGACACACAUGUAUUGCAAAAGAAGUAGCACAGUAAGUAUAGUGUAAUUUAUUUUUAAAAAACCAGAAAGAAUGUAUUAUAAAAGCCCUCCCACCUUCCCCAUGAGGCUGAGGCUGGCCAGGUCCCCUCUCAGGCCUCUCAAACUCUGGACUCACAGCCCCGUGAGCUGAAGACCAAAGUCCAGAGUGUCACAGAGGCUUGUCCCCAGAGGAGCUGCAUGAUAGCUAUGCAGAUGGGUGUAGAGCAGGUGGCAUCCUGUGUUCAUGGAUUGGGCACUUGAGAUCAGAUACUGGCCCUAUGCCUGCCAGGAUUUGGGUGUAAGCCACCUGUCCCAUCCUGACCCCAUAGUCCAUCUCUGUAAUGUUGGGGUAGUAAUGCCUAGCUCACGGGUGUUUGUAGGUUUAAGUGAGAAAGUGUACAGAAUGGCAGGAGUAGAUCGUCUGUUAGAGGGAAAUGUCCUUUUAGAUGAACAUACGAGUUGAAGCAAUUGGCUUGUGGUUCCUUCUGGCUCCCUGCUGUGGCGGCAAAGACAUACUUGUUUUUGUUUCUCACGCAGAGCCUGAUCACUCCACGUGCAGGCAGCUGAACUUCCCUUCCCUGUCCAUACUAAUAUGACUCAUUAGUUUACAUCUCUGUCUCACAGAGAAUGUGCAAGCUUCACUUUGAUCUGAUGGCUAGGUGAGGAAGCCCCAAAGCAGGAGGAAUUAGGUCUGCCUGGUCCAAGGUUGCAUGGGCACCUGAGGAAUUGUUCCUCAAGUUAACCAACCUUGGGCAAAUAGGCAUCAGGUUGGAACUAGCCAGGCCUGGGCUGAGAGGGAGUGGUGGAGUCUAAGGCCCUUGAUUUUGCAGCAGGAAGGCCUGCAUAAUAUCCUGGCUCACUCCCUGGGGCUGGGCCACUAGUUGUCCUUUCUGUAUCCUCUGGUGCCUGCUCAGGGACCAGGAGUCACUUGGGGGUCCGAGCACCCUGGUGAAGGGCUAGAGCCCAAAACUGCACCUUCGCAUAUCAGUCUUCCACCCUGGCUGA